CCUGGACCGCCGUCCAGGCUUGCUUGCCGUCAUCGCCCCAGCGCUAAGACGCGGACGGCCGUCGGUAGGCGUCGGCCGCAAAACCUCCGGGGAUGAUCAGUUGUACGGCUAUUGUCGUGUACAGACACUACGGCAAUGUCACAUUACCACAUUUGUUCGCGCGAACGUGCCUUUGCCAUCGAAACAAUGCCUACCGGCCAAAUGCCGUUUUCGAACUUGCCGCGUCUGCGCAUUUCGGUUUUUACCACUCCGAGUCUGGGCGGCGAGAACAAUUUCAGACAAGUACCCAAUACGCGUAUUGCGUGUAAUGGCGUGCGGUCCGUGUUGUAUCGGUUCCCCGGAAACGAUAAUUUACCAAUACGGCAACACCGCACGCGCCCACAAACGUCACUGAAUAAUUCGUAUAAAAUCGUAUUGCGGUGUUGGCCGUUGGUGAAAAAAAAAAAAAAUUGUCUCCGGACGAGGGUUGGAAAAAAAUUCAACACGACUCAUCUAGGACAGGUGGUUAAAAGAAUGCACUUGAAAUACCUGCGCGAUUUCGCGGUUUUCGUUGCGCCGCGUACGUUUACCCGUAGAAAAACGUAAUGUUAAUACCAUUCGCAGGCCGAGGAUAAAGUGCACGGGAUGCACACGACUAUUUGAUUUACGUCUGUACGCAACGGUUAGGCCAUCGCUAACGGAAAUACGAUUUCGGUGCGGAGUUCGGGUAAGUAUGUUUUGAAGCGCGACGUUAUUUCCGCGCACUCAACGCGCGGGUGUGAAAAAUAAUACCGCGACAUUAGGAACGGCUUUAUUUCUGACCGCCAAGCAAACCGGUGAAACUUAUCCCGAACCUCGAGGCAAAUUGCUGUCAAACAUGCCUACGCGGCCAACCAAAUGGAAAACUAACGAAAAACCGCCUUAUCUACGGACAAGGCGACUAAAAUGUCGGCAGAACGGUUUUCGGAAAUCCGACUACCUCUAGAAAAGGCCGUUCCGCGAAAAUUGCAGGUUUCCGCGAACGGAAAACGACACGGGAAAUAAAAACGAUGUUGGUGCGCAACGGGUCGGGUCGAAUUUUCUCCCGGCAAAAACGCUACUCUUGAAAUCCCUUAUGGAGAUCGACCCGAUCCGUCGAACCGGGGCCGCGGGGGUACUCUGUGGGCGGUUUUUGUUUUACGACCCAGAUUAAACCACGACAACAUUUCAUUUACGAUUGCAUUAUUCACCACCGAAACAAUACAUUUUGAACAUUGAAAACAAUCGCGCAACAAUGACAAACCCGCGGUCGCCUGUCGGUAAAAAACGGUUUUUAAAUACAUUUGCGUAACGAACACGCGCGAGCGUACCCCGCGAACGGUUGUACGUUUUAUUUGAAAAAUCCAAUCGACAGACGGCCGCGCCGUUAGUAUUGCCGGUCCGCAUUGCUCUACGGUUGCGGCCCUCCGUCCAUAUUGCCAGACUGCUGCACCGGGGCCAGAAGCCACGCUUAUUACAAGUGUCGUGUAAAGGGGUUUUGUGGGAGUACUGUCCUUACGGGUCUGCGAUGUGUUUAUAAUUUUAGCACCCGCAAAGCUGGUGGUCCAGCCGUGUCUAUACGUGAUAAAAUGACCGCCCCGAUGCACCAACUAUAUCCAAAAGUGUUUAAAAAAAUUCGUCGUUUCGUUGAUCGGAACCUGAAAAUUUCCGGGAGAAAAGUGGUGCGCAAACGAGCAAAAAAAAAAAAAAAAAACACCGUAAAACCUUGUACGUUGUAAAACGUCGUUGCGCUCAGAAUUUAAAAUUUGUAAAACAAAUUGUACAUUUCAACGAACGGGAAUUUAUCGUUUUCGAGUUCACAAUAACACGUUUGGGGGGUGGGGGGAGGGUGAAAGAUCAACAAAAUUACGCUUCGGUAUUUUACACCGCCGGUGUACAAUAACGGAUAGUACAAUGGUAUUUUGCAUAUUUUACACGGUCCGAACAAUGGCGAUUGGAACGGUGAUAAUACAUUUCGUACACGCUGUACCUACGUCAUGCGCCGUACGGUUGUGCGCACGUUCGAAAGUGGUUUUAUUUAACAACAUGAUAACCGCGCCUGAUAACCGCGGUCUCGUAGUCGUUGUGUAUCAUUGCGCUUUACUACGUUUCCAUUUUCUAUCCGCUACCAACGUAUGCACGACAACGCUGCCGUCGACGACUGUUGGAUUUUCUUUCUCGGUCCAACGCGUCCGCUCCGCGUUCACGUGCACGCCGCGACGCAUUACGGUCCACGCCGCGUCAUUAUCGCAAUCGCCGUUGACGCCGGGACGGUGUGCACACCUAACAGGUACCAAAUAUUAUAAUUACAUUAUUUGUGGUGUUGCUCGGGGUGCCGUCUGGUUCCGCACAAAAAUGAUCGGCACGCCGACAGAACACCCGCCGCCGCGGCCGUCGUCGACAACGGCGCGCGGACGCGACGUCAGGUUCCGCGCGGCGGUCUGACGCGGCUGUUGGCGUUAUGACGACUGCGUUGACGAACGAUGGACGUCGGACCGCCGCCGCCCAACAACGCCAAUCACGGCUGUACACUGUCGGUGGACAGUUCCAAGGGCCGCUUGGUCGUCGAACGGAUGGACUCCAUCAGGAAUCUGUUCGGGUGUGAAUUGCGCCGGAUCGCCGACGACGGCGACGAACCGGGGCCGCGCCGCGGCUGCUGCGCGGGAGACGGCGAAAACGACGCGCGGACGGCCAAGACGACGUUCGCCGUCAGCAGGCUGGACGAAUACAACAAAGCGCCGGACGGUCAACUGAUCGACCGACUAAAGGUAACGACCGCGCGUGCGUUGACGAUAUUAUUGUCGUUGUCGCGUAACGCGCGCCACAGCGUCCUACUCGCGCGACCGUCCUGCCGGCAGGCGAGUCCCGUAACCCCCGAAACAAGACGUACGAUCGUACGGUCGCACCGGAUAGCGUUAUCGCGAUAGGAAUGCGUUAUCGCCAGUGUGCGGCUUAACGUAUCUGGGGGGGGGCGGGUAAUAAUAUUGCCGUCGAGUCGACGGAAUUCGCGCGCCGUACGCGUUGUUGUUGUGGGCCCGUCGCGUAACGUCUCCUCGGUACUAUCGCCGAAAACCUCCAGAAGGACCGGCGGCCGGUGGGCCGCGCAUCACCGCGCAGUGGUGCGCGUCCGCUCUUGUACUUCGCGACGGUUACAAUAUUGUCGCGGACGUAACGAUAAAACGACGACCGUCCGAUUCGGUCGGGAUUACGCGAAGUCACACCCCCUUCCCAUUGUGUACUUGCAGGCGCGUGUGCUUUUACCUGUUAUCGUCGACGGUCGUGUCCAACACGACGGUGUAAUAUUAUAUAUGGGUAUUAUAUACACCGUGUACGACGGAUCUAUCUAGAACCGUUGGCGUUCGAUUUUUUCUGGGCAGUCCGCUUUUCUUCGACGUCCUAUUUGGCGAGAAAUGGAAUUUUUAUUAUCAAUCUCUUAACGAAAAAAAAAAAAAUAAUAAUAAUUACACGACUACUGUCGAAAUUGCCGCUUUUGUACCAACGGUAUGUUAUCCUAAACAUCCGAACGCACAUCCCCGCGGUCUACGGCCGUACCAACGUCCAGAGGAAACGCGCGUAAAACGACGCGACUAUAAUUUAUAAACAAGAGCUCUCUUGUGUUCUCUUGACGGGACAACGGCCCGUAUUGUCGACGGUUUUACUGCGCGAACCGAAUUCCGCGGCGACGGCCGAACACCCUGUAUACACGCGCGUACGCGGGAGUUUGACGGUAAAAACAAAACGACGCAGACCGUCCGCCCGCCGAACGCGCGAUAUUCGAACGACCGCGCGCGUGCGAUUAGAAUUCUGUUGCUUGUCGCGUUGCGCGCGUGCACCGACAUUACAUAUGCGUCGCGCACGUAUCGUAAUACACACUUGAUAACGACAAUAUCAUCGUUUCGAUUGUCGUACGCGGGUACGGGGCGGGGAUGGGGGUGCCGUCGUCGCGUCCCGGACGGACCGGUCGUACCGCGUUUGCUAUGCCUACUACGUUACGUUGCGUAACCGUACGGUUGGCGUGGUCGACGAAGGAAAAAAAAAAAAAAAAUGUCGAUAUUUAAUUGCUCGCGUACCGCCUUACGCGUAGAAAUCGCGAUACUAUUUCACCGAAUCCUGUUACACAUAAUAAUAAUAAUGAUAAUAUAAAAGCACAAUGGCCGACCGGCGCGCGCUGUCUCCGGCGUCCGAUUCGUAUUCAUGCGAUAUUAUAUUAUUGUUAUUAUCGUGUUGGGCAUACGUACGGGAAAAUAAUACGCCGCGACGGCGACGGCGUGCGUACGUAAACGCGUGAAAGGCGCCCAAGUACAUCCUGUUCGUGUUGCGCGUGCGAUCGCUUGUUCGCGGCUGCGUGCGUGCGCGCGCGCGUGAUUUACUUUCCCUUUCGAUAAUGGCCUAAAUCCCGGUCCGAGAAUGUGACGUUAUAACCGUUUCUGCUGUUGUCGUUAUCGUCCGUCCGUCGCAUUUGAACCCGCGGAAAAGCGCUCGAAGAAAACGUUUCGAAUAUCGAAACGGGGCCCCGUCUGGCGAUCUUUUUGCGAAACUAACUAGCAAAACUUCUGUACUUGCGCCGCGCGACGCGUCGUCGGGCCCGACAACGUUUAACGUGCGAGAAGUGCCCGGACGCGCAGAAUUGCAAUAGCGGCAUGAAGUACGCGCGGCGCCUGUCCGACUGAAUGCCGGAAAGCACCGGCGGUGUUCACUUCGGGGAGUUAUGGAAAUAAACGCGCCCGAAGAGAUUUUCGGUUUUCACGGACAAGCCCUUUUCGUCAUUAACAACGUUCGUUUUUAAAACGGCAGACGUGUCGGUUUCGAAGUAGUCCUCGUCCGGGCCCCCCCUCCCCGUCUAACGGUUCUAACACCCGCGACGAACGACUGACGCAAAGUUGGUUUUAUAUUUUUUUUUUUCUUUUUCUAAUCCCAACUGUAACGCGUACAAAUUUCGUUUUCAAAUGUACCUAAUUAUACAUUGCGACAACCGUUAAGCGCCAGAAGAGUUCAUAAAUCGUAUUCUACAGGGUCAGAACCGUUUACAGGGAAUGGCGGCUUUUUCAAGCGAUUUUCUUUGUACCCGCACAUAGUUAUAUCGCAUAAUACGGCACACGUUUGUGGACAGUGUUGUACGGGUAUUUUAGAUACUUACGAUCUGCGAUUGCCGUGUUUGAAUAACGAUACUUGAAAUCGGCGUGUCGGGUAUCUAUACAGAUACCAUUUUGAAAUAUUUGCCCGUCUUGCCGGCGCAUCCGAAUUGGAUACCGCGAUCAAACAUCUUCGCUGGUCGGGUCCCGCGUUUGCGCAAACAGCGUACUUGCGUCCCGGGUUUCCGUGGGCAGGACACUAUAGUCGGGCCCCGAGUUCGAAUAGUCAAAGUUUUAAAGUGGUUUAGAAAAAUACAUCAAUAAUAAUACUCUGGUACUGCGGAUAAUAAAAAUAAUAAAACGGCGCCUUUUUUUGUUUUCUUCAGUUUUUCCAUUUCCCUCCUGUUUGGUCCGGACUCUGACCUGUAUUUAAACGUUGAAGGAGCCCCGGAUAAAUAAUAUUUCUACGCCCUUAGACGGUCUAACGUAAAACAAUAUUUCGAUAUAAAACCGUCAUAUUCUACCGAUUAUAUUUAAUUUUACCAUUUCUCUCGUACCUACAUUGAAAACGUUUCGUUAUAAACAUCGGCAAAACACUCGAUACAAUAAACGACUUAACUGACGCAAAUUAGAUAUCAAGGUUUAUACUACAGUGUGGGAGCUCGAUAGAUUUUAUCAUAAUGUAUAGUAGCGUUCAAACAAUCCAGAAUUUCGUUCCAAAAUGAAUAAUGAACAGUCACUUAAUUCCUUAAAUACGCUGUAGUUAUUCUCAGUGGCGGCUGUCCUGCGGCCACUGAGAAUAAUGUCCUGUAUUGCUAUACACUUAAAAAAAAUCUGGCUGGUGCCGGAUAGACGAGUUGAUUGGUAACAUGAUUUGGUGGUAUUUUAUUAAGUUUUCAACAUAUGAAGGGGUUGAUUUUUAUGUAUUCUAUAAUUUUCUACCAAAUAUCGCUUAUGAUAAUAAUAUACUUUAUGAAGGUUGGGUAGGUGGUUCCUCAUCAGUAACAUACAUAUUUUUUAGAAUAGCCACUGGCUAUCCUUAUGAUGGCCUUCAAUUACCUUCUAUAAUAUGUGUAGCGAAUAAUUUCAAUAAAAUAUUUGCACCAGCUGCAAUCAUGCCGAUAGUACGGUUUUUACACGAUAUUGAAACCGUGUCAUUAUAUGGAAAAUGUCAUCAAAAUAUCUGUUAAAAAUUGCUCGUAAAUGGGCAAUUAUUAUCGAAGUGAAUCGUAACCUCUAUCUGUAAAUUACUAUGUAGCACUUACAAAUUUCGUCUCGACAUCCUUCUCGAAUAUUGUUUCCUGUCAGUACAUAAAGUAACCACACGCACGAAUUGUUGUCGCAUCCGGUUUAUAAAAAAAAAAUAGUUGGAAAGUUAUAAUAAUAAAUAGGGUAAUUAUUUAGUUUAAAAUAAUACCGAUUGCGACGGUGUUAAUCAUUGCGAACAAUAAACUAUUCCUAGUGGAACUCUGUUAAACAUUUUGUAUUUAAUUUUAAUCAUACAAAAUAAUUUACAGUUUUUCGCGAUUUUUAUGAAAGAAAGAAAAUUGUUGACGUCAUACUAGAUUAUUAUUAUUAGGUUUUUUUUGAUCAUUUAAAUGCAACUUAUGAUUGUAUAGCCUUUAGUCUAGUUGUCGAUCAUUUAGACAAUCAUCAGAACACUAAUACUCGCCGAGAUUAGCAAUACGUAUGGCGUAUGUAUAGGUUUUUAAAACCUCAACCAAUCAUCAAGGUCAUUAAGAUUAAUGUACCUAUUGCGUUACAUUUUCGAUUACUUCUAAAAAACGUAUUACGACAUUUACUAAAAAUACAAGUUAUUAUUUCUAUAGAAAGUUACAAACAGUCAAGGAAAAUAUAAACGCUUGUAUUUUAAUCCAAUAGAAUAAUGCGAUGUGUUAUUGUGUGACUGACGUUCAAAUUAUUUCGAAAUACGUGUAGUCCGUAUGGGAUUUUCUGGAGAACUGACAUAAAAGGCGUCUUCUAGAUUUUUUUCCCAAAAUUUUCCCGUUGCUGUUUUGAGAGCGGUUUUCUAUUUUGUAAUAUUGGACGGCUAAUCUCAUAACUAUGGAUAUGUAUAUAUAUGUGCAGUGACGUGCACAGGGGGGAAGGUUAGGGGUUAUGUCUCUCCCACCAUCGGCUUAAAAUACAAAACAAAUAUGAGUAAUCUAAUGUCGAAAUGCAUUUAUUUCAGCCAAAUUACGAGGAAAUACUUGACAAAUCGAUUAGAAAUUGGCUUUGUUUGGGAUCCGGCGAAUUUAUGAUUUAUUCGUGAUUUUUAUUUGUCACAUGCCCUCCCAUUGAUAAUUCCUGGAUACGCCACUGUAUGUGUGUGUUGUACAUAUGGUUUUUGUCAAGUAUAAUAAACGAAAUUGAAAAUACAAAUCUGUAUGAAUCGGUGUACGGUAUAUAUACACGACGGUAUAUCUAUGCCGUGGAAAUUCGGGAGGUCACACUCGGGUUUACUUGAUGAACAUCACGUGGGAGUUUGGGAUACUUUCUCCGCGGGGGGGAAACGAAGGCAACGGAAUUGUUAAAAUAGCAUGAAAAACCUAUUGGGCCGUGCAAAACGUUAUUAAUGUUAUAUACAUUAUAUACGUAUAUUAUACGCGGUUUGAAAGCAAAAUAGAAACGUUCGCACUGCAAUAUCGUAGGAGUCAAUUUUGUACGUCAUGACGUAUAUAUUGCAAUAUAUAUUUUGUUUAAUUGUGAAAAUGUUAUCUCUGCGAUUCGUUAUUUUGUAAAAAUAUCAGUUUGUUACAUUAUGAACUGUUAGAAAAUAUAACGCUUAAUCAAUAUUAUAAUAAUUUGAUAUCCAUAUGGCAAUCCUUCGGGCAAAAAAAUAAAUCAUAACUUUUACAAUAUCCAUUUUAGUUUUCGAGCGUGACCGUGUAUAGCGAGAAACAUAUUGGAGUUUGGCAUCGGUGCGUGAGUUUUUUUUUUUGUUUCUGUCCGAACAGCUUUUCUACCGGAAAUAUCUGGCUCCGUUUAUCGACUUCAGGGGUGGUGUCGGAUUUCCUCUGAUCUAUAGCGACUAGGCGGUCAUCUGUCGAUAUUUCUCGUAGCUUUCUAAAUAUUCGGGAAAAAACAACAGAAUAUAAUAUUUACGUAUUAUAUAGGUAACGCGGUUUCUGUUUUUUUCGAUUUCUAGACGUGGUAUAAUUUUCAAAAUAUUUCUGCGAUUUUCUAACUGUCUAUAAUAGCUAUUUGAAAAUGUCGAGGAUUUUUUUUUAUCUUUGGUUUUAUUUAUGCGGUUAGACAUUCGUCGGCUUCUCAAAAACAAUCGAACAUUUUAAACGAAAAAACACGGAAACAACGUUUCGUGUAGUAAGGGACAUUAAUACAAUAAAUGUUCAACUUAGGUUGUACAAAACAGGUUUUUUUUUCUUUACGGACUUUAUUCAGAAUCGUUUUUCGUUUGCAAUGAUUUAUCGUAGGCUAUAGAUGUAUUAAAAUAAUCUAAAUAACCGAAAAUCGUAAACUUUUAUAACUAUUUCAACGUUUUCGAGUGUUUGGCGAAAGAAAGAAAAAAAAGGAAACAAUAAAUUGUGUAAACAAUCUCGAACUGGAGUAGAAUCAUACAUGAUCCUGUGUAUAUAAUACGAUCCUAAAUCCACAACAGGAUUUUCGAAAACUAUUCGGCAAUGUACGCAAUAUUAUUAUGUCAUCACGUCGCCCGACCCCUUCCUCCCUGCAAUACCGGGGUCACCACAAACAGACACGUAUAACAAAAUCGCUUAUCGUUUACGUUAUAUUUGGGGUUUACCUAUGAUUUUCAUAUUAUAUGUGACUCAGAAUAUUCCAAACGACAAAUUCUCGACGUGUUAUUGUUAAAUCAUUUUUAUUGUAUUCGUUUGUAUUAAUUUGUCGAGCGCGCAUUAUUGUUUACCGAAUCAAUUUUCUCACUCGAUUCGUAUUAUAGGUAUUUUUUAAUGUUAGAAUAGUAUUACGAUUUUCGACCGGCCUGAAUAUUAUCCCGCGGACAAUCUCGUUUGGACGUCGUGGAUCGCUAUGUCAGUCCUCCCUCUCCCCUCCGCAAUGCGGGGGUUGCUUCGGGCACCCAUACGUGCGUGUAUAUAGUGAGUUACGCCACUGAUAUUGAAAGGAGUGACCGUGAGAUGAAACUAUUGUUAUCUUGCGAUCGGGGAAAUAAAGAAAUCAUUAUAGUACCUAUACGUAUAAUUAUAUAACGUGACACAAAAAAAUAAAAAAUAAAAAUAAAAAGAAAUUAAGAAUACAAAAUUGUUCGAUUUUUUUCCAAGACGCUCGUAUUAUAUCAGAAUGUGAUUUCAACGUAAAAUUAAAUUUUAUAUAAUUAAAAAAAAAAACGAAAAGAAAUACAAAGCAAUUAAUUUUAUAAUAUUACGACAGGCGCCUAUACAAAAAUAUCCUAUUAAUUUUAUUAUUCAUUACAAAUACCUCUAUUGUACUUGCGUAAUGGAAUUGAAUACAUAAAAUGUACAAAUACGCAUACACGAAAGGUGAUAUUGUAUUAUAUUCGAUUUUUACGUGAAAUAAAAGUCAACAAUUUUACGUUAAAGUUAUAGGAGACAGUGGUGGAUUUACGAAGGGAGGGGGGGUCCAGGGGGUCUAAACCCCGGGCACCAAUAUAAUUUCAAUAAAAUAGCGUCCAAAAAAUAAGGCAUUUUCUAAUAGAGAUACCUUUCAAAUACAUUAAACAUAUGAUUUCUCAGGACCCCUCCCAGACAAAUGUUGAAAAUCCGUUAUUGAUGGAAAAAAUUCGUUCGUAUCGUUUUUUUUUCUAAACGGAGUUUUCGGCACAUCCCUUAUUCUUUCAGUAUUAUUCCGUCAUGGCGAUACUAUAUAUCUGAUGUAUAUUAUCUAUUGAAGGUGUUUUUUUUCUAAAAACUGUUUUUUUUCACUUCUUGUAUAACACCUAGAUCGAAGAUGAUAUCGAUAAAUGCGGUGCUGUUUUAAACUUUAAAGAUGUAAUUACGUAUCUGCAUACUUCAGUGAAAAUACAACGGAAAUACUACUGUGGCAUUAGUUGUUUACAUUACGUUUGCUCAAUCUAUAGGAUCAUUUCGGCGUGGUGAUCCUCCGGUGUAAAGCCCGCAUAUCGUCGUGAAGUACAAUUUUUACCAUUUUACGCUUUAUUUUAGCCUAUAUUUAUAGUAAAACACCAUAAAAUCGUACUGUAUACGAAAUUAACAUACGAUGAUAAUCAAAUGUAUAAUGUGAUCCUUUCAGGUUAGGAGUACACUCAGUUAUCUCGCGAAGUAAUUGGUUUUUUCGACAAUUUAAGAAAAAAAAGAGUUCCAAAAUGCUACAUUACUAUUAUUGUUGGGGAUGAAACAACAAGCGUCUAUACUUUUGAUUUUCAAACGGCAACAAGUUAAUUCAAUCAUGAACAUAUGGAGUUCCCGAUAUAUUACCUAGUAUAAAUGCAAUUUUGAAUUUCGUCACGUUCGUUGACGAGAUAUUCCAUUUUUAAGUUUGGGUAUAGGGCUCGAGAGUAUGUAGUUGAAAACUGUUCAAAGGCCGCGCGCCACACAAACGAUACGCUACCGUAUACGCCCUACACAAACCUAAAAGUGGAAUAUCUCGUCAACGGGUAGAUGGAACUUAAAAAUGUCAACAUCAAAAUGUAUUUAUACUAAUAUAAUAUUCUUUCUGUUUUGAAAUUGAUCGGUUGCCGUUAGAAAAUCAAAAUUUUAGGUGAUCGCGUUUUACCCCCAACAAUAAUGGUAAAUGUAAAUUUUAGAGCCGCGUCGUUUCUUAAGGUUUUUUAAAAGUCAAUACUCUACAAAACAAUGCGUGUAACUUAUAUCCACUUGAACGGAUUACAUUGCACGUAUAUAUAUAUAUAUAUAUAUAUAUAUAUAUAUAGAAUAGAAAUUGUGUAAAAUUACAAAAAUUAUUUCACUAUACCAAAUGAUCAUCUUAAAAAGUCGAUAAUGUUGUGUUUGUCGUACAAUAUACAUAUAGUCGCUGACUGGUUUAAAGACAUGAUUGCAGUAGACAGUAAUUUGAACCUACGAUUUGCCGCUUCAGCAACUUAACCGGUCAAACUUAUUUAAUAUAAUGCACUGUAAUACACCUAUGACCAGAGGGUCAUAAGUAUACCGAUUUUCGCUGGUCGAGAUCGUCAUAUUGUACUUUAUACGUUCAAACUUCGUUUGCCCGUUUAGUUUGUUUUUAAAAUGCUAAUAGUAUUCGAAAAGGCCCGCACUACAGUCGGUCUUCUUCUUUUUCUCCUUCGCCUUCAUCCCAGCUGUUAGUGUUCGGCCACCCCCGCCCUAUAAACCGAUAUGUCUUAUGAUGUAUAUUCAUCCUUUAUCCUGUAUCCUCUCUCGUCACUCCGUUCAUCCGCCUAAGCGUUCUAUCAUCUCUGCCGCACUCAUUUUCCGUUUUAUUUUUCUGCCUACCGCCCGACAUUCCGACCCAUACUAUACAUACAAGCCUAAUUGGAAUUCACUUGUAACAUAAAACACCUGACGUUUCUCAUAUCAUUUUCAAUCGCAUCCGACCAACACUUUUCCGGUCGUCCACUUCCUCGCUAUUAGCUGUUAUUUCACGAAUUAUUAUACUAUACAACAUCAUAUGUGCCCAGACGGUAUUCGUCGCGGGUAUCAUUAAAUUUCUUACGAAACCAAUAAAACACGCCUUUUCGACGCAUAUUACACGAAUUCAUUAUAAAUAUACACGACAGUGGUUAUCGAACCGUUAUGAGUUUAAAAAUAACGUUAUUACCUACCUAUAUAUUAUAUUAUAAUACGAGUAUUUACGUCGACUUGAGCAUAAAUUAUAUCGCUCAAGUAUCUAUAUAUAUAUAUAUAUAUAUAUAGGUAUAUAAUAAUAUUAUUAGGUACUCGGUUUUUUUUUACGACUGACGUUUUAAUGUAUACAACGAUAAGAGCCGCUGUAGGAAAAAAACAAAAAAAAAAACGUAAAUAUUUAACACGAAACCGCGCGGCAAUGACACGGUGUAGUGCGACACGUCUAAACUGUAUUACCCGGAUACGCGGCGCUCUGUCGUACGCGUAUAAUAUAUUAUAAUAUUAUGUGUUAUCUCUUUGCAUAUCGCACGUGAUUUGUAAAAUACGUUUAGAAAAAAAAAAAAAAAAAAAAAAAUGGAAAUGUGUCGAGAAACCGUCGUCGUCGUUAGGACAAAAAAUUUCGUUUGUAUUCAGCAGCGACCGUAUUAUACCCGUGCGAGAACCGUGCGCCGCCUAUUAUUCGCGUCGAAACACAUUUCCGGAUGGGUAACCGCGAUUGAUUUCUCCGAUACAUGAACCGCGCGAAAGACUGCGCGGCCGCGAACGGCGGGCAUCCCGUGCACGCGAAGCGCGGCUGCUUCACGGCCGACCCGAUGAUGGCGCGUACGCUGCACCGCAGUGGCCGCGCACUCGUUCGGGCGAAGCGCGUUUGGGCCACCGAUAAAACUGCGACCCGUCUGGACCGAUAAUUUUAAAUUUCUAUACAAAGGCUCGCUAAACGGACGUCCAGUUAAACUGCGAAAACGCAGUUUUUUAAUUGAGUGACAAGUAAACCAUUUAGGUUCACGUGCGAUUACUGUGCAUCGAUUUAGUUUUAAAACAUACCAAAAAUCCAGUUAUAUUAAAAAAUAUAUACCUAUAUCUUUGAUAUAUUUAUACAAUAGCCAUUUGUAUAUCAAGGUGUUGUAUACGAUAAGAAAACCCGGAUAAAAUACUGUUAUAUAAAGGCUCGCUAAAUAAACGUUCAGUUAAACUAAAAUGAGGAAAAUUCUGAUCCGAACGGGCUGUACAAAAUAAUUGUUUUUUUUCAAGCCCAGACGGGUCUUGCCUCACGGUGUCGGCACAUUUGCGGUCACGACUUUUUUGGUGACACUUGCGGUUACUCAGUUUUUUUUACCCGCUAUCUUUUUUUACACGGACAUUCGUGUUUGUAUAUAUUUUCAUAUUUAAGAUUCGAAAAUGCAUUGGUUUUAUUAUGAUGUGAAUUUAAAUAUUUCAGCAUAUUUUAGGUUCACAUUUACAGGCAAUCGUUUAUUUUUAUUUUUCAUUCUUAAUAUUACGUACGCCUAGCUAUAGUGAAAUAAAACUUUCCACCUUUUAUGUUAUUUAGUUAUUUUUACCCGACUUAAUAAAACCUUAAUAAUUAAUAGACCUCGACCGACUUUUUUAGCUCUAUACAAAUGUCUUAUGUUAGAAGCUAAUAUUUGAUCGAUAUUUUUUGAACACGAAGGGAACGAAACAAAAAAAUUUUUGCAUGGAAAUCGACAACAGAAUAGACAAACAUUAAAAUCCUACCAAAAUGACAGACUUAAAAAAAUGUCUAAAAAUUCUUUCUUUCAUCGAAAAACUAACCUAAAAAAUAUCACGCCUAAAAAAGUUAAGAUAAAUUAAUAAAGAUAAUAUAACAGUUAAAUAUUAUAUAAAAUAACUUUAAAUAUGCCAGUAAAUGUUAAAUUAAUAUUUAUUGUCAGUCCUAAUCCUGUAAAAGUGCGAAGGAAAGUUUGAAUACACUUCAUAAUACCGUGUAAAAAAAAAAAAAAAGAGAGAGAGUUUGUUCGUGAUUUUAAACCGAGACCGCUUCGUAGGGGGGAAAUACUUCGCGCGCCGCCCCCGGGCUGGUCGCACGGUUGGUGGUGACGGGAUUCCGCGGCAAUGACGGCGAGUAAUACUGAAUCGGUUCCCGGAUCGUCCGAAUAAAGCGUACUGAUUGGUUCCAGACUUGGGCGCAACUAGACCACCAACUUGUGAAAAUUAUGGAAAUAAGACCCGAGAUUGCGGGGGCAAUACUCCCAGAAUCCCCUUUGCACGGCUCUUACAAUAGUUAACUACACGUUUAAUUUACAAUUUUGUGUAUACAAAUUUAUCAUGACUAUUUUAACGUUAUUUUUUAUAAAUUGCUCAUGCAUUGUCUGUAGAAAACCUGUACAUUGUUCUGCUCGUUAAUUAUAAAAUAUAAUACGAAUAAAAUAUUUACUCGUUACCAUGUGAAAAAGCUCACUGGGUUUGGUUUUGGGAUUUUGGGGUUGUGGUUUUCAUUUUAAACUUGGGGGUGCUAAAUACCCCCUAGCAUCCCCCUAGUUGCACCUAUGGUUCCCGAUAAAAACGUCGUUCGAAUCGGUUCCCGUAUGUGUGCGAAUCCGCAAUCUAAUCGUAUUUUAUUGAGUUUGUGAUAUCUGGAAUUUGUCCAGAAAAGUUCUCGUAUCUAUUCUCGUUAUAAUAUUAACAUAAAUAGAAUAUCGUAUCCAAUAUGGUUUUAUAUUAAGAGGAUGCCACUUAACAUACUCGUAUUUAUAAAAGAAAUUGCAAAUCGUUUUUUUCAAAAUAAACGGUUUAAAUAAUAUUGAGGAAGUAAAAAAAAAAAAAGGGAAUUUUAAAAAAGAAGUUUAUUCAACGUGAUUUUAUUUUAUCAUCGUAAUAUUAUGAAAAGCUCAUCGGGGAAAUGAUUUUUCGUUUACCUAGUAUAUUAUAUUACCCGUAGACAACCCGGGAACCGAUUCGCAGUCGUCCAUGACGGCUUUAACCGUUACAUUAUCGUUUAUCGACCAUAAUAAUAAUAAUAUACAAUUUUCCGGUUUUCUCAAUUAUUAUGAAAAAUGCUCGAAAAAUCAAAAAUUGACCUCUUUAAAGUAAUAACUAGAUACAAUCUCCUUAUUGUAAAAAAAAAAUAAAUAAUAAUAAACAUCAUUAUAAAACUAAUACGUUCCUCGUUCGCUCAGAAUCUAAAAAUUGACGCGAUUAUUGUGAUAAUUUUUAAAUUUUACAUACACUUCUAUGAUUUUUUUUUUUCAAGAAUGUCCCUGACUGCCUAUAGGCAAUAAGCAAUUUAAAGGGAUAACUACGAUUUUCGGUGAAAUAUUACCGAUUAAGAGUAUAAUAUUUCCGUAUAGAAGUCGCGACGAUUUGUUCGGAGCUGUUCAACGAUUUCGGUUUCCGAAAUAGUAAAUUGUACAUCAAAUCGGUGUUAUCGCCGUUCCGACUGUAUAAAUUCAGUGUUGUCCUAUACUAUUAUAGAAAUAAAAUGUAUAUUUUUUUUUUAUUAUCGAACAACCGUUUAUUCGAUACAUUUGAAAUGUAAAUACAAAUUGGUUUGUCCGCCUUGAAUAACCCGAAGUUCGCUGAGUUGAAGAUAGAGUUUUUUUUUUUACUUAUAAACUAAAUACGUAUAUAUAAAACACUAAAAAAAAAAGUACAAAAAAUGAUUGGUUUAUUAUUUUAUAUUUUAUUCUAAGAUAUUUUAAAAAAAAAUAUUAUAUUUUUAUUUACUCUUUUUUUUACAUAAUUUACCUUGAGAUCGUCUAUUUCAAUAUUUCACGGUUUAAUUUCAAAGGGUUCUGAAUUAGAGUGGAAGAAAAAAGGCACCUGUAGCAAAUUUUUUUUAACGCAACAAAUUAAGAGGAUUAUUGUUCUUUAUAAUCGUCUUUAGUAUAGAACCGACCCGAUCAGGGCGAAUAUAACUAUAAUACUCAUUAUAGUCAUUGCUAAUAAUAUGUAUAUUUUUUUGUUAUUAAAAGAAAUUAUUAUUAUCAUAUUAACACAAUAUAACACACAAAGUAUUAAUAAAAAUAACAAAACAAUUAUCUACAGCUUUAAGCAGAGCUUGAGGUGGUGUAGGGAGUUAUAGUACACGUGAGAUAAAAAAUUUAAUUAAGUUACACACAAUAAUAUACAUUAUUAUUGGUACAUUUCAUACUAUUCGUAUUUAUAUUAAGAAUAUAUUUUUCAACAUCAAUUGGUAAAGAAUUAAAAUUUACCGGACCCAGAUGAUUUAUGCAUUUUUGACCGAAACGUGUAUUUGUGUAAAUCACUUUAAUAAUAAACAAUCCAUCUUCCCCCGUGGGAUUAUCAUUUUGCUUAAAAAAGAAAACGCUUGCUUUUAAUAUACAUAGUAUAGUAUAGUUUUAAACGUUUGAUUAUGUUUGCUUCCCGAACGAUUUCGAAAAACGGAGGUGUCUGGUUAUUGCGCAAAGCCCUUUGUCCGGUACAUUAUUCACUGGUGCCCCGGAUUUUCGCGUGUUAUACUUGCCGCGAACGGUUAUUUGUGUUUGUAAUUUUUUUUUUUUUCGAUUCCGGGUCGAACCCGCUUAAUCUGCUCAUCGAAUUAGUUUUACAACAAGAUACGAUGUACUGGGUUUUCCAUAAAGAAAACGAACGCUUUUUCGCUCAGUGAAAACGUUCCGGAACGUUCACCGCGGUAGAUCCGUAAACGUUUUCGUACGGAUUCACGACCGAUUUUCCAACGAAUAAUUCACAAACGACAACGUCAUACUAACACGGGGAGCCGAAUCAUUAAUAAUUAUCUCGACGUUUCAGUACCACGGACGCUUCGGAAUUUUAGAUUUUUUUUUUAUUUUUUUCCCCCGUUCGUAUCGUUUCAUGCGAUUUUCACCGGGUCCGGCUCCGCUCGGAAUCCGAGGGGGGGGGAUGUCUUCUUUAAUACUCACCGUAAUUUUUCGGUUCUCUUUCCCGAAUUAUCCGGUCCAUAUUAUAGUGUUGAGGUGUACGAUUUUGUUUUUUCUUCUCCACUCGUCCCGCCUCCCGUCUAAUAUUUAUUUUGCGAAACGGACGUGUUUAAAACGGUAAUAUACCGCCGGCGCGCGAUGAGACGGCGGCGGCGGCGGCGGUCUCCUCCUCGCAAAAAGUCCUCGUCUACGCGCGCCGCCGAAGAAAACAACGGCGGCGGCGGCCUGCGUCGUCGUGCUCCGUCGCGCGCGCGGUACCUCGCGUUCCCGUCUUCGCGGUCGCGCGUUCGUGUGACCCCGCGCGCGCGGAGUUCAGGUCCGUUAACCCUUUAUACCUGUUGCACAUCGCGCCGCCGCCGAAGUAUUAUAAUAUUAUUAUAUUCCGUUGUCGCGAGUGCGCCGCUCGCCGCUCGCUCGGCGUACCGCUUCACCGGCGGCUAUGGUGGGCGGGCCGCCCGGGGAGGGGGACCGCGGCGCGCAGACCUUCACUCCCGGAAGCGCGCGGCGGCGGCGGCGACGACGAAGACGACGAUUCGGGUCAGUGUCGUGUUGUUUCUCCCGGAUCCGCGCCGCGCGGUCGGUCCCCACACGACGCGGCCGAGAGCUCAUCCGGAUCCGCCACCGCCGCCGCCGCCGCCUCUCUCCGCGGCGCGCGGUUACGCCGCGCGCCGGAGUAACAGUGUGACUCUUGCGUCGUCGCGUGUAGUAGCGGGGCCCCGCAUUGCCGCAUAGUAGUCCGAGUAGUCGCGCAGUGCCCAGCUACCCAGCGGAGACGGUCGCCACAGCCCGUCGCAGUUUCGUGGUUUGUAUUGCGUGCGCGCGCGCGAGUCGUCCGGCCGCAGUGACACGCCGUCGCGCGCUCUUAUCGCCUCACGACACACCGCCGCGCCGCAACCACCAGCCAUAGACGAUACGAACAUGACGUUUACCGGCGGCGUACUUCGGGUAAGUCAACCGGGGGCCCCUUAUAAUAUUAAACAUUUUUCAUGUGUGUGCGCGCGCGUCGUCGGUCGACGGGAUCGGAAAAUCCGUCGGCAAACUCGUUUCCCGGCCGUGUUCGUUUCCGAACCGGAUGUACCGCGUCAAAGUUUGCCCGCGUCUGCCGCCGUCGCGUCCCAAGGACAACAAAUAAAAUCGCCGACGCGUUUUCGCUUUUUAAAACACAAUAUUAUUGUUAUCUCCUACCCACCUACUCUCCGGGCCGGCGGGCGCGCGCGUCCACCGAAAAUAAUAGGAGCAACAAUAUUAUUUCCCAUAGGCGGACCGGAGGUGUACGUAAUUAGUCGUGUUUACGUUCGUCCGGAAACCCGUUACGUGCACACGUCUGGCGGGUUUUUUUUUUUAGAAAAUUUCCCUUUUUUUUUUUAACGCGCUAUUGUAUAACAAUAUCGUCGUCGUCGGAUAUAACGAGUUUUUGUUGUUCUCCGAAUGACGGGGACGCGUCCGUUUCGUACGGUACGAGCGCGUUAAUAUAAGUCCGGAAAGUAUGGUCGUCUCCCGCCAUAUAGGCACCGGCGUUGACUUUCCGUUUCUUCCGAUAAAAACCACGUCGAUGUAUCGGAGCUCCGCGGUUCGGAUAAUGUCGCGGACCCGCGGCGGAGGAUCCAGGUGGUGCGGAGGGGGGUGCUCGGGAGCCUGGGCCCCUACCAGUGUAUACCGGAGAGUUACGAAACUCGCACAAAAUAUAAUAUUAACCCGCGUACAAUGCGAGAUUUUCAAGGAAGAAUUGCGGAACGUAACCGAUCGAUUGUGUUCUACGAUGACGUAUUUUAUUAUAAUUUUCGUCUAUAAACAAAUUGUCCACCGGAAAAUAUCCUACUCCGAUCAUAAAAUACAGACGCACAUUUUACGUGUCCUAUCUUUUCGACUUAUUGCUCCCCCCCCCUCCGUAACAUUGGCUUCUAUUUUUUCUAAAUAGCUUCCCAACCCCGAAUUUCAACUCUGGAACCGCCACCACUGUGGCCCUGCGGAUUUUGCGGGACCUCGAUUUGCCCGUUACACCGAUCCCCUCCUAACCUCCUCCGAUUCCUUUAUGUUCUCGCAUCUGUUGGCGGCGAAUCUUAACAAUAUUAUUGUUCGUCCUUAUCCGACACGUGCGUUUUACAUACUAUUUUUCCAAACGAUUACGCGAAAUCGCGAGCUACGAUCGCGACGGGGCUGCGCGUGCCAGUGGUCGAACCGCUCGCGCCGGCCGAUAAUUAACGUUAUGGAAAACACCUGUCGCGGCGGCCCGUAUUGUCUAUCCGAUUAUUGGUUUUUGGCGAAUUUUGCCGGCUCGUUAUUAAUUUCGGUUUUUUUUUUUUUUUCUAUCCCGUUACAGUGUUACGUAGACUCGUUGAACGAACUGCAACUGGGCGAAUGCAGCAACGACGAUUCGAGUUACGAUUCGGACUUCGGCGGCGACGACGACACGAACAGUACGAACUUCAGCCAUCACGACAUCAGUCGCACCACGUCGGACACGCUCGGCGCCGAGUACUCGGAUUAUGUCAGCGCGGCGGCGUACAAGUCGCGGGUGGAUUUCGCACUGAAACUCGGGUACACCGAACGGCUGGUGCAGGCGGCCCUCAGCAAAGUGGGUUCCGAACCGACGCAGGAUCAACUUUUAGCCGUACGUAAAAACAUAGUCGUUUAGAAUCUAGAUUUUAGAUAAAUUGUGCGUCACGCAGUAGGUAGACAUAGGUAUUUUAAAAUACGUGGCUGACAUACGGAUGGAACAGAGACACGCGAAACGUCUCGGGAGAAUUUGUAGAACAGGAUAUACUCGAAACGGGUGGCGUGGGUGGUUUUCCGAUACUUAGUUAACAAGCUAAAGUGGUUCGCGGGACGUGUUACGAAAAGAGUGAAGUUUUACGGAUGGACGAGUGGACGGAAAGAGGGAUAGAGGAAGGAAGACCUCACCGGUCUUCUUUUCCCUCUUGCCGGCUGUACAGGUACGAUUGGAUGAGACCUAGUCUGAAGUCGAGUGACGGUUUAGGACCAAGGUGACCGAUUUCGAAAAUCAUAUUAAACUUUCACGUGGACUGAAGGUUAAAUAUUUAAUAUUACGAUAUUUUGAUUGUAUACUUAGGAAUUGAUCAAACUAGGAGCGCAGUGCGGUCACAAAUUACACGGCGAUUCUGACGGCGAAGAAGCUCAAUCCAAUAACGCAUGCAGCAAUGAUCUACUAGGCUCACAAACGCCGAAGCUCCGGCAAAUCGUCAUCGACGGGAGCAAUGUAGCCAUGAGGUACUUAAUCAAUCUGUCCGUUUAUAUCUACUGUAAAAUCUCACUGGCUAACGCUGUGACUUAAUUUCAGCCACGGAAACAAAGAAACCUUCUCGUGUCGAGGUAUUAAAAUCUGUGUCGAUUGGUUUCGAAUGAGGGGUCAUACGGACAUCACGGUGUUUGUACCGAAAUGGCGAAAAGAAGCUUCAAGACCCGAUAACAGAAUUAUAGGUAUGUUAAAAAUCAUUAUAUAGUAAACUCGUAUACCAAUCGUCACUCAUAUUGUAUUAUUUUGUCUCGUAGAUCAAGAAAUUUUAUUGGAGUUAGAACGGGCCAGGAUGCUGGUUUUCACUCCAUCUAGAGAGAUUGGAGGCAAGCGUAUGGUUUGCUAUGACGAUCGAUAUAUUUUACGAUUGGCCUCAGAACUAGACGGUGUUGUUGUUUCAAACGAUAAUUACAGAGAUCUCGCCAACGAGAGUCCAGCCUUCCGUUCUGUCGUACAAAAUAACAUACUGAUGUACUCUUUUGUUAACGAUAGGUAAACAAAAAAUUUAUUUAAAUUAAUUAAAUAUUUAAUAUUCAAUAAACAUUGUUAUUUGAUUGCAGAUUUAUGCCACCAGAUGAUCCGUUGGGUCGUUCUGGUCCCACCCUCGACGUGUUUCUCCGUAGUAAAGCACCAGGUGUUGGUUUAACAGCUGUCAGUAAUGAAACUUGCCCGUACGGCAAGAAAUGUACGUACGGAAAUAAGUGUAAGUUCAGUCACCCCGAACGCGGACAGCAACCUGUAAAAUCUGUCACAGAAAGAUUAAUAGAACAUGCCCAACGGCAGAGUUUAGCCGGUCGUCAGAUAAAGGGAAAAUCUGUCAGUUUACCAUUACAGUCAGGCAAUAAUUCGAAAAAGCCACUGACUCGUACCAUGUCCAAUGUCCCUACCCAGUCGAAUAAUCCACAACUGUGGGGCAUGUGGACACCCAACAGUUCCAACACUAGUUAUAGAGAACCAGAGCCGGAAUCUGAUAAUUUACAUCAUAAAUUGCAGAGACAACUUACAUUAAACCCUACAUACGACCCACGUCUACAUCAUUUGCAGCGAAGUCAACACUGUAAUGUAACGAGAAUAGCAUCUGCACCUCCUGUACCUAUGCCGAUGAAUGUGCCACAAACAGUAGGCGCCAGCUGUUCCGACCCUCAGAUAUUUCCUAGUUACCAUGAAGCUAGGCAAAAGUUAUAUUAUCAUUUAGCUUCUAUUUUUCCUGAGGAACAAGUUUCUAUAGCUAUGCAAUGUUAUCCAAAUGAAACAAAUCCUCAAAAGAUCUGUGCGGCUAUAUUGAACAUGUUUACUAAAAAGUGAUUAAAAAUGUAAUUUUGUGUUUUAUACACAGUGUUGUAUAUUAACAAUAUUUAUAAGUGAUUUUGUCUAACUACAUUAGAUUAUUGACAAGACGGUGACACUCGAUACAAUGUAUCUGAUUAUUGUGUUGAUUUAUUUUUAAAUCAUGUAUUUUUGUGUAACUAUUAUGUUAAUUUUGUAAAAUUUUAUAUUUUAUUUAAUAUUUUUAUAUGUUUUGGUUAACCAAAUGUAUAAUAAAGCGCCGUAUUAAUAAUAAUUAUUUCAAGUUGUAUCAUUUUUUAA